GAAAAUAAAUAAUAUAUGGAGAGUGAACGACACAGAGAGGCAGUGCCAUUGGCGCGUUAUGAAGUCUCGCGAGACCCGGGCGAACACCGGACGAGAACGAGAUCAAGUCGCAGACGAAGGAAGGCAAGAAAAGAAGCAGAUCUGAACAAAUUAAUAAAACCUAUUAAAAUGUCCGGGCGAUCCGUGCGGGCAGAGACUCGCAGCCGUGCAAAAGAUGAUAUCAAAAAAGUAAUGGCGGCAAUUGAAAGAGUCCGGCGGUGGGAAAAAAAGUGGGUUACAGUGGGAGACACAUCUCUUCGGAUAUUCAAAUGGGUGCCUGUUACAGAGACCAAACAGAUAUAUAAGCCCAAAGGGCCAGGUACUGCAGUGAGGGAAUUAAAGGGUUUUCCGACAGAUGUAGUAUUGGAAAAUGCUCGUUCAGUGCUACUUGAUUUUCAAGAUGACAACAGUAACCAGAGUUUCCUUUCGGAUGCCUAUCAGUCUAAUACAAAAGUGGACAGCAGUAGCAACUCCAGUCCUCAGCAUGUCAGUGAGGCAGUGAGCCCGUCCCAUGCACCUUAUUUCCGCACGGAGGAUUCUCAACCCCCCACCCUGGGACAGGAGAGCAUGGAAGCUGAGAGAGAGCCGUCAUCGACCAGCAGUGAGGUCACAGAUGAGCCCCCAACUCUAAUUAAAGAAGAUGUGUUAUCUCUGUCUGCUCAGGAGGAAGAGGAGGUGGUUGGAGCCCCACUGCUUAAAAGAGUCUGCACUGAACAAAACUCAAGUCUGAGUUAGCACCACGAGCUAGACAACACAGGUCAAAAGUUCAAUGAAAUUUUCAGCCAAGACAAAACACAUUGAGAGACUUUUUUUUUUGACCUGUCAAACUCCUGAGAGUUGCAUUCAUUUGAUCAACAAAUAAGCUUUUAAGUAUAGCUGUCCAUAAAUUUCAAUAUUCUUUAAAAUAAUAUACAAACACACCUGGAGUCACAAGUUCGAAUCCAGGGCGUGCUGAGUGACUCCAGCCAGGUCUCCUAAGCAACCAAUUGGACCGGUUGCUAGGGAGGGUAGAGUCACGUUGGGUUAACCUCCUCGUGGUCGCCAUAAUGUGGUUCUCGCUCUCGGUGGGGCGUGUGGUGAGUUGUGCAUUGAUGCCGUGGAGAAUAGCGUGAAGCCUCCACACGCGCUAUGUCUCCCCAGUAAUGUGCUCGACAAGCCACUUGAUAAGAUGCGUGGAUUGACAGUCUCAGACGCGGAGGCAACUGAGAUUCGUCCUCUGCCACCCGGAUUGAGGCGAGUCACUACACCACUACGAGGACCUAGAGUGCAUUGGGAAUUGGGCAUUCCAAAUUGGGAAGAAAAUAAAAAAAAUGAAUAAAUAAUAAUAAUAUACAAAGAUAUGCUUUACUAAGCAAAUCUACAUUUCUACAUAAGAUCAUGCAUUAGCCCCAACAAGGUACCAAAUAGUUGGUCCAACUUAUUCAAACUUUAUAGACUUAAAACAGUAAAACGUUUCAGAAAAAAGUUUCCAUUUCACAAAGCUUCACAAUGUUUCUACAAAAAAUCCACUGAAUGGACAAUCCUACGCAGUUAUUUUGUAAAAAAAAAAUAAACACGUUUUCUACUAGUUGGGCCAAUAUAUAAUAAUAUACAAUCCAACAUCCUGAUGAAAAUAUUACAUAAAAAUAUUUACAUACAAUUAAAGAAUAGUUGACCCAAAAAUGAAAAUUCUCUCAUCAUUUACUCACCCUCAUGCCAUCCCAGAUGUGUAUGACUUUCUUUCUUCUGCAGAACACAAAUUAAGAUUUUUAGAAGAAUAUUUCAGCUCUUUAGGUCCAUACAAUGCAAAUGAAUGGUGACCAGAACUUUCUAGCUCCAAAAAUGACAUAAAGGAAACAUAAAAGUAAUCCAUAAAACUCCAGUGGAUAAAUCCAUAUCUUCAGAGGCAAUAUAAUAAGUGUGGGUGAGAAACAGAUCAAUAUUUAUGUACUUUUUACGCUAAAUCUCCACUUUAAUUUUCACUUUCAGAUGUAAAAGUGAAAGUGGAGAUUUAGAGUUAAAAAAGGACAUUAUAUACAUUAAAUAUUAAAUAAGAAAAUAUUCCUUGUCAAAGAAUUGGAGGGUGGGGGAUUAUUCUGCCACAAAUGGACUGAGCAUAAGUGAUCAAACUAAGCAUGCUCAAAAGCCUGUACGUUCUGCCUUCACCACCAAACUUGACAUUGUAUGUGCUCACUGUUACAAUGUUAAGUUUCUCUGACUUAAAUGGCAUAAAAGUUGACUUUCUUAAUCGUUUUAAGUAUUUCUCCACUUUUUCUACAUAAAAUAGUUCAAACAACUUUAAAAUUGAGUUUAUCUGACAAAAUUGAAGUUGGAUUUUUUUUUUACAGUGUUGUUCUUUUCUUUAUUUGUCUGUUGCUUUUCAUUGUGCUGCAUCCAAUCACUGAACUGUGCAUUAAAUGAAUGCUUAUCUUUAAUAUAUUGUAAGGUCAUCUGAAGUCUGUAUUUUAAAUAUGAAGGUUUCCACAUUCAAUCAUAUUUGAAGUAUUUUCAAAUAAAAACUCAUAAGAUUUU